CUAAAACAAGGAAGUGGUUGGGUAACCUGUUGCGUUGCCUGGGAUUACCAACGGAGGGACAUGUUUUUUUUCAACACUAAAGAGUAUAACGAGAAGGCGACGGGAGAAAAGGAUGAAAGAUGAUGUGCAACUGCUUGCAGGGCGACACAGAGCAGGCCACGGAUGUGAUCAUCAAAUUGGAGAAGUCCAAUUUGACGAAGGAAUUACUCGAGAUGACGAGGGUUGGUGCUGUAGUGAAUGACAUCCGGAAAAAAGUAGCACAAUCAGCACCUGAACUAUCGAAACGAUGUCGAACGUUGAUCAAAUGUUGGCAGAAAUUGGCCGAACCGAGGCCUACGUCUAGUGAUUCUUCCUCCACCAAUGGUACUCCCAGCUAUGCUUCUCCGGUGAUCAGGAAGGGUCUCACGCCGGGCACACCUGCAAGGGGUCCGCGAGUUAUUUGUGGUGGCAACUUACGCCUUACACCUGCUGGAAACUCUCGUUUGACACCUCUGAGCAGUUCAGUUCUUACGCCAUCUGCCAGUUCUGGUUCACGGAGUACUGUUGCUUCACCAACAGUUUCAAAUGGACGCACGGUUACUCUUUACCAAAGAUCUGGGCAGGCAAUGCCAGGGAAUUCUACAGAAUUUGGAACUAUUCGAAAAUCACAUACGAUUGGUGCUGACCUUGCAAUAAAAGCAGUCGAAAGUUCACUAUUACCAAGUGGAGAAAUUGUUCGAAAUGGGAAGAGAAAAGGUGGAAGUAUUGCAACCUCCGACAUAGGUAUUACAAACGGGUUGAGUGCUACGAAGCGUCUGCACUACAGUUCUGCCUCGGUCUCUCCAGCAAUACCACAUCAGUCAUUGCUUGCGGCCCGACGUGCUGAUGUGAAGUCGACAAGUGAAUUGGUUGCACAGUUAACGGAGAAUUUGCCAGGCUACUUGGCAAUAAACAUAUCACAAAGUCAAUAUCCUACCGGAAAUGAACAUGGCGAUAACGAGGGACAGGCAAAUGUGGACACGGGUCAAACAUCUCGAACACCCAUUCUCUUCAGUCUUCAGACAGAAGCUUCCAAGAAGAAGGAAAAACGUGUUCGUUCUAAAAAAGAUAAAGAGAAGGAGGGACGGAUAAAAGACCAGUUUAUCGCAGACGAGAAAGUGGUGGCGGUGGGCAGUGGAAAAUCGACAGUAGGAAAUGCAGAACCGGUGACAUGCAGUAUACCAAAUAGACCAAAUAGCAGUCCUUCUACUAGUAAGAUGGUUGUGCCGACGCGUAACGGAAAAUACGAUUGGUAUGCAAUGCUUCCAAGUUUGGAAACAUUGCGCAAUCGUGAGCAUUUCCGCUCCAAACCGUCCAGCAGUCAGCGAAAAUCAUACAUCAUGAAUGUAUUGGGUAGGGAGGUAUUGGCCUUGCCGUAUAUUGAUGUUGGCUUGCCAGAUUUUUUGGAGUAUCAAUAUCCAAAACCUGAAAGGUUUUAUGCAGAAGAAAAUUUCACGUACGGUGCUCCGCGACCAAAUUGAUUUUCGCAUGAGUUUUUUAUUCAUCUGAAUUAAUUAGGCAAAAACAGCGUUCUCCGUGUCGUAAAUCCAGUCAUCAGUAAAAUCCAGUCCUUAUCACAAUCGUAUUUUAUGUUGUUCAUUACUGUAGCUAUUUUCUCUCACUAAGUUAUUGAUCUCAUAAAUUUUUUUCUUUUUUGAAGUUUAAUUAGCAGUUGCUUUAGGGUUCAUCGCACUUCUGGUUUUCUAUGCGGCAGUGCAAUUAGAUGCAGAAAAGGCACUCAGUUAUUGUUUCUAAGAAUUUUCAUGAGCUCAUUAGCAAAUUCUUUGCGUUUAUUAUGAAAGCAUCUUCAAAAUGUUGCGCUUGCAAGAUA